AUGAAAUUUUUGUUAGCCUUUAUCUUUGGCUUGUUGUUGAUCAGCCAAGUCUCAUGUAGAAAUGAUGAAGAUUCAGAAUUAGUCAAAUAUGUCUUUACCACUUUCUUUUAAAGAAAUAUAGACUAAUUUGAUAACCCUGUACUUACAUAAAUGGCUAAAACUUUUCUCAAAAAUGAAGUUCUAGAAAAUAAGAAUUCUACAAUUACAGAAUAAGUCAUGAAGCUCUAGCAAAAUGUUUAAGGAGAAGGCUUUUCAACUAAUUUGUGUUAGUAAUGCUAAAGCUUCUACAAUAGCAUCUUAUCACUAAAUUUAACCAAGUACGGUUAAGAAUUAACUCACAUUAUUUAAUUUGGAUGCUCUAUUCUAAAAAUUGAAACUCCAUUGAUCUGUUUUGGUGCUGUAGGAGAAAUGGCUCCUUCCGUACUUUAAGGAUUUGCAAAUAGGUAUCUUAAUCCACUUUAUGUCUGUCCCUCUUUAGGUAUGUGCCCUCCUUAUUAUCAUAACUUAAAUGUUACUGCUAUUGCUUAAAAUAUCAUCAAGGAUACUCCUUAAGUAAAAAGACCUACUCCUACUUUAAAGAAAACUUUUAAAUUCUUACACAUGUCUGAUCUUCACUUCGAUGGGUUGUAUCUUGAGGGAGCUAAUGCUUAAUGCACUGUACCUGAUUGUUGUAGAGUUACAUCAGGUAAACCUAAUGAUGAAUCUGCAAAAGCCGGCUACUGGGGUUAUAUCGGAGACUGCGAUAUCCCUUUUAGAACUGUAGAAGCUGCAAUUAGGUAUAUCAAAAACAAUCUAGCUGAUGAAAUCGAUUUCAUAAUAUGGACUGGUGAUAAUACUAAUCAUUACAUCUGGGAGCAAAGUUAUUAAAGUAAUACUGAUUAAACUACAAGGAUAGUAGAUUUAUUGAAGAGUGAACUUCCUAAUAUUAAUGUAUUCCCUAUUACUGGAAACCAUGAAAGUUUCCCAGUUAAUGUUUAUGAUUAUUUCGGAGACCAUGAAAAUAAACAAAAUGAUAUUUUUGCAACUUCAUGGGAAUAAUGGAUUGGAAAGGAAGCAGCUGAAGAGUACAGAUAAAACGGAUUCUAUUCUAGUUUAAUUACUAAAUAUAGCUAGCCAUUAAGAAUAAUAGCAAUCAACACUCAAGCAGGAAACGGCUAAAACUGGUAUUUGAUUUAAAAUCCUACUGACCCUAAAGACUAGUUGAAGUGGUUAAAAAAUACACUUUAAUAAGCUGAAUUGAAAAACGAAAAAGUGUUCAUUAUAGGACAUAUGCCUAUAGGAGAUACUUUAGAAGAAUGGGCUCAAAUUUACACAGCACUUAUCCAAAGAUAUUCAAAUAUUAUAAUUUCUUAAUUCUAUGGACAUACUCAUAAUGAGUAAAUUGCUGUUUUCAGAAACUUAGGUACGAAUGAGAUAAAUAAUGUAAUGUUUAUUACAGGCUCUCUCACAACUUAUGGAGGAUAGAACCCUUCAUUUAAAAUAUUUGAAGCAGAUUUUGAAACUAUGUUGCCUAUAAAUUAUACUUAGUAUGCAAUGAACUUAACUUAUUAUAAUGAGAAUAAGAUAAGAGAUAUCAAUAAGGUUAUAUUUGAAAAGACUUAUGACUUCAACUCUUACUAUGGAUAUGAUGAUAUGUCUAAUUUUGAAAACAUUUAAGAUUUCUUAGGAAAAUUAAGAACAGAUUUGAAUACAUAAAAUAAAUAUCACUUGGUCUAAGAUGCUUUAGCUAACCCCACCAAUUUAACUUAGGUUACCUUAGGAUACUACUGUGACACCUUUACAACUCCUGCAGCUUAAUCUAUAUGUUUAGGUUAACCUUACAAAAAAGAUAUCGUGACUGAAUUAUUUGGAACUUGGUAUUCUCAUAAUCCAGAUGACAUGCUUUUUGAUUGA